AAACACACCAGUCAGCCCGAGUCCUCGGUCCUCAGUCCGGCUGAAAGUUCUGGAUACGAGCAGGGUCAGAACAGACCAGAGUCCGGGAAGGUCAGUCUGGAUAGAAAGCAGAGCGACACACACGGACAAUAACUUCAUUUAAAUCAGACGGACGGACUGAAGGACUCGGUUUAACUCGGCUUAUUUGUUCACUUCAGCUCCGGAUAUACUGUAUAGCCUACAUAUAAAAUAGUUUCAUUUUUAUUUAAAAAAAAAAAAAAAAAAACAGUUUUGGUUGCUUUUUCUUCUGCUUUUCACCGUCAGAGUUUAAUCUCAUUGAGACUGAAAAAGAAACCGUACUCCCAGCUGACUGACGACACGUUGCGCAACCUAGACAAUAAUAACGAGUCAAAGACGUCAUCACCGGACAGUCCGCUCCAGUUCUCCCACCAGAGUCAGACCUGCUGCUUCCAGUCGGAGCUCGAACUUCAAGAAAACCUUUUGUUUUUAUGUCUUCACCUACUUCUGCUCCACAGACAGACAGACAGACGGACCAUCUGCUCCCCGCUGAGUCUACUGGGUUUCUGUUGACCUGCAGUUUGGACCAGUCUGUCUGUCUGAAGAACACAAGAUGAGCAUGGGCAUGGCCGCAGCCAGUACUCAGCCAUGUCUGAAGAGGCUACUGGACGAGCCCCAGGACAACUUCCUGAAAUGCAAAGUAGCUCGUCUCGAUCAGAGUCCUCCCGCCACCGGCCUAUUACACUGCCUCAGGCCCAGAAGCCCCACCCCCAAGUCCGACCAGAGCCAAUCCCCAUCCAGAGUCGGAUCAUACUUCCUGUUUGAACGCUGCGAGGGGGAGAAAACUUACAGGGCCGUCCACGCACACACAAAGCAGCAGUACACUUGCCAGGUGCUUCCUCUACGUGGUUACCAAGAGCGGUUGGCUGCCUACGCACGCAUCGGCCACCAUGAUAACAUCUGCAGCCUGCUGGAUGUGGUGAUUGGCCAGGACAGCGUAUAUGUCUUCCUGCCCAGUCACCAUGGCGACAUGCACGCGUACUUGCGAAGCAGGAAGCGCCUAGGCGAGGAGGAGGCGGGGCAUCUGUUCACCCAGAUGCUGAACGCUGUGACGCACUGUCAUCACCACGGAGUCGUCCUGAGAGACCUGAAGCUCCGCAGGUUCGUCUUCACAGACAAAUACAGGACGCGUCUCGCUCUGCUCGGCCUUAACGACUGCGUCCUCCUGGAAGGUAACCAUGACGACGACUCUCUGACGGACAGACACGGCUGCCCCGCCUACGUCAGCCCCGAGCUGCUGACCAAUGGGAACAGGUCUUAUUCGGGCCGUGCCGCAGAUAUCUGGAGCCUGGGUGUGUCUCUGUACACCAUGCUGAUUGGACGAUAUCCGUUUCAGGACACGCAGCCCGCCGCCCUAUUCGCCAAGAUCCGCCGCGGGGCCUUCAGCCUGCCUGAUUGGAUGUCACCGCAAGCCAAGUGUCUGAUUGGCUGCAUGCUGAGGAAGUCGCCCGCAGAGAGACUGAUGGCGACGGAGCUGCUCAUGCACCCGUGGCUGACCAAUCCCGGCGCGCCACAUCACAACAAGCACAAAACGCAUCAAAGCUCACACAAAACACUACAGAAUAAACAAGAGGACAAUGACCAGGUGGUGCCAACAUGGACAGAUAAACACUAACACACACAUUUGUGCUUCUAUACUUGUGUGGACCCACAUUGAUAUAGUGCAUCCCUUUAACCAUCACCUUAACUAAUAUACUCCAACCCUUCACUAAACUUCACCUAAACCUAAAUGUAACACACACACACAAACAUACCCACACACACAGACUGAUCCUGGAUGACUUGACCCAACCUCAGGUGCCUUCCUCUCACUGCGUCUCAAUAUACUGUAAGUUCCACCAGUUCAUAACAGAGUCACCAGUUCCACCAGUACCUGACACAAACCAAAACGAAUGUGUUCAGCUGCCAUUUGUCAACUCGCAAAGUGGAUUAUUUCCCACUUGCCCUUGACCACAGUUACAUCCCAGUAUUAAACUAAGGACUCAUUAUUGACAUCCCACAAGGGUGAUUUGAUUGAUCCACUUCAACACCUGGUUACAUAAUCAUUUCUGAUUUAAGGCUACAGUGCGUAGUUUCUGCCACCCCCAUGAGGAAUUCUAAGUAUGAUACAAGCCUUACGUGAUCGCGCACGCGCCCCCACACGGCUGCUUGUAGCCACAGAGGAUUAAACAAACAUGAUGGACUCUUUAGAAGAGGUAAUCAUCUUCACUCGAGCUUCUGCGCAGGAAAGUCGCCGGACGCCACAAUCUUCUGAAUGCAGCCAUACUGAGAAAUCCAGAGAGAGUUGUGUGGAGCGGAUAGUCUUAGCUUUGUAGCAACUCAUUUGGCAAUGGCUUGAAUGUAACGGACAUUCAUUAAUAUCAAAACGUUAUGCACUAAAGCUUUAAAAAGUUGAUGAAGACUGAACACAUUGGUUUUAAAGUGGACUUUGAAGGAAGCGGAGCAUAUUAUGGGACACAGCUACUUUCUCUCCGUGUUUACACCUUCUGGUUGCUCCCUAGAAUUAUAAGAGAAGGAUGGGUCAGUGUUGGAAAGUCACCAUCUUUCUGAAAAACUGAAAAGUUUAAAUUCAGCUUCGGUCUGACUUUAAAAUAUCAAAGUGUCCCAUCCCUUUCUGAUGAUUUUAAUGGAAGCCGAGAGCCGCCAUGAUCGCUAAAAAUAUUUUUCAGGCCAGUUAUCUCGGAAUAAAAACAGUUAAUAAAAAAAAUCUAUUUAAUCAUAUUAGAUAUAAAAUGAUUUAUUUCCUUGAGACAUGACGUCUAAUUUCCCUGGAUGUCAAACAUGUUAACAGUAAUAAUUACAUUGAAGCAGGUUUAUUUUGGGACACCAGUCUUAUUCUGGAGGACUAUGUGACAAAAGUGGCUCUGGAUCAACCAUCAUCCCAAAAUAACAGCACAAUAAAUUUGUGACCAUAAGAAAACUAUUUCUGAUCCGCUAACACAAGAGCAUAUUCCAUUUCAGGAUAAAAUGAUCUAAAAUAAGCACCAUGUGUUAAAUCAGAAUAAGAAAAUAAUCUUGUGUUCCCAUUGACCGAUCAAGACCCAACAGACCUGCAGCCAGCCAAUAGGAUGCCUUCUUCUGAAUGUGUCACUAAGACCUCAGUUACAGCUGAAGAAUAAAAAAAGGGGUUUCAUAAACUGUUCUGAUCCCAAACUGUUUUUUUCUUGGUUGCAAUUAAGGAAAUAUUUUAUUACUGGUGUUAAUACUGCUGUAUUCUGAACAGUACAGUCUGUAUUUUGCUUGUUGUGAUUAAAAUGUUUGAGAUUUGA